AUGGUUAGGCGCGCGUUGAUAGGCUUCGAACGCGAGACGCGACACCUUCCCAAAUAUCCAGGUCACGGAGGCCGUAAAGAGGCCUCGGCUCGCCGGGGAACCGGACCGGUCUCGCACAGCUGGCGGGACAGGUGUGGCGAGACCAGUCGACCCAAUCGCGCGCACCACCCGACGGAGAAAGCAACGAACGCAUCCCGGAUUCCGGCCAGGCUUAAUAAUCGGACGGGACAAUACUCAAGGUUCCACGCGGCCGAGAAAACGCCGCGCAAUGCCGAGAUAGUACGAAAGAAAAAAUCUCAACAGUUCACAGGUCUUUGUGUACGCCGCGACAAGUUACACCUCCGACGAUGCAUUGACACGAAGAACCAUCGCCGGAUGCGAGUUGGAACGGAAGCGAUGCAAACGGAGGCGUCGGAUUACCCGUCGGGUACUCGAACCCGACACCGCCGAGAGCUUUGCCCCAUAUACGAGCGGAGGAGGGCGUUAGUAACGAGCAACGACGCGGUGUUUAGCACAUCCGACAGGCGACGGAAAGUGUCACCACAAAGGGUUGACAGGAAC